AUGCACAUCCUAAGAGUCUUGAUGAUGGUUCCUCAUGUUUCAAACAUGUCUAUGUUUCUCUUAACUACCCUCGCUAUUGUCAUCAUCAUCUCGACCGUCAUGGCAAAACCCUCUAUCUCUACUAAAAUGUCGCCAUCAUCUCAAGAUUUAGAUUCUUCCUUUAAGGUGAAAUCCAAGAGCUUUUUGCCAAAGUUGUAUGGUGAUUAUGGGUUUUGGAACCCUAGCCCGGUUUACGGAGGAGGUUUCCCUUACCCUGGGCCUGUUCCUCAUGCCAGUCUAGAUUUGAAACAGAGACAUAAGAAGCCGAAAUGAAACCGGAAGAUAUGUUGGUUAUGUUCUUCAACUUUUCUACUACCUAUGUGGGUGUUCUCUAGAUAAGGUAGUGCUCAAGGCUAGUGUAGUUACUGCAUAAUGCAUCAU